GAAUUUGAUGAAAAAAGUCACUUUUUCUGUUCCAAUGGUUUCACCAAACUGAUAUUAAAUUGAGAACGGAGCAAAUUUUUCACCAAAUUGAGAAUCUUCGUGAGCCUUCACCAAUUCACUGUGCUGUAACGUUGCAAGUGGGCCCAUCGGUCAACCUACUGGAUGUCCGACCGGUCGACCGGAAACAGGUUCAAACAGUUUAAAUAGGUAGGUUCAAACAAUUCAAAAAGGUUAAAAAAAAAAUAAAAAAAUUUGCCUUACCAGUCGACUGACCGGCCGACCAACCUGUCGACCCACCCGUUGACCCACGGAUGACCCUUCUUUUGAUGCACCGUUGGAGCAACUGAUAUCAGAUUGAGAAAAUGAGCAAUUUUUUACUCAAAUUUGGUGAAAAAAAUACUGAACCGUUGGAGAUGCUAUAACUUACAAAAUUUGACUCAAAACUGAUCUAUUUGGCAAACAAGAUUAAACGACCCGUGCUCGAGUUAGUUUUUUGCCGUAUUUAAAUUUCAUUGAUUGUAUCUAAAAUUGCAAUGGGAUAUGGAUAAUGGCAGGACGCAUCAAAAACUGGAGUUUUGGCAGUGCAAACGCUGAGAAACAACAUAAUGGCAUCCACCCUUUUGGCCUCGACGGCGAUCAUGCUCAGCUCUCUCAUCGCCCUCCUCAUGAGCAACUCAGGCAGCAGUCGGUCCGCAGGCAGUCCAUUAGGUACUACAGUCAUGCCAGCAUACUCAUCAAUGUCCCACUCAAGAAGAUGACUCUCCACGAUCAUCAUCACUGUCAUAGCGGCCAUUUGACACCAGAGUAUGUGGGGAGGACAGUGAACAGGGGAAGCUAUUUCUGGUCAUUGGGUCUCAGAGCAUUCUACUUUUCUUUCCCUCUGUUUCUUUGGAUUUUUGGUCCAAUUCCCAUGUUUAUUAGCUGCCUUGUGCUGGUUUUCCUGCUCUAUUUUCUUGAUGUUACCUUCGAUUUUGGUUGGGUUGCUAGUGCUGCUGAGGACGAUGAUCAUCACCACGGCGAGGAUGAGGAGAACAAUACUGGGUGAUACAGUGGUCAUUGUUGAUUUUGUUUUGGUUUUUGGUUCACUAUCAAGUAGUAACAAUCUAGCUACUUGUACUAGCAGCAUCUAAUAUGGAUUCGAUACAGAGUGAGAGAUAGAGAGCAAUUAAUAUGGAUUCAACUCAAGUUGAAUUGAAUUGAAUUGCUCAACUUAGCUACUUGUACUAGCAUCCUCUGUUUUCUUUUCAAUCUCUAUGUGUCGGACAACUUGAAAUAAUAUUAGAAAUCAUUUUACGGUGGAAAAAUUAUUCACUCUCACAUGCGAUAAUGUUACAAAUAAAUUUGGAUCGUUCAUUUUGUUGGUCUCACAUAAACCUCCCUCAAAUGGAUAACUCAAAUCUGUUUGUAGUAUAACCACGUCAGUGUAAAGUGUAAUGGCAUUCUCAAACCCUCUCUCUAUAUGCAUCUUCUUUUCAUAAUUUAUUUUAGAGUAUCAACACUACAUUUUGGAAGUAUAUUUCAAAUACAAUAUCAAUUUCUAUCAAAACACAAAAUAUUAAAAAUA